AUGGAGCGCGUACCGAUCCGUCUUGGCACCGUCCGGGCGACAGUGAAGUCCUCCAUCAAUGUUUUAGCCAAUUCACUGCUCUCUGAAGGUCCUUUAGCGACUAAUGCGUCGCUAGCUCGAGUGUGUCGCGUGUGCACAACUCAGGAGGCAAGAUACACGUGUCCGCGUUGCAACACUCCAUACUGCAGUGUGGACUGCUAUCGCUCCCAUGGCGAGGGGUGCACGGAGCAGUUCUUCGAGAAUCAUGUGCGUAGCGAGAUGCAGCUGGCUUCUAACGCAAGAGGAGGCGACGACAAAAAGCAACAGAAGAGCAUACAAGAGCUUCUGGAACGAGUCCGGGAAUUUCAGGAAGAGCAACACCAGCUGGCUGACGGAGAAGAGGACGAGGAAGCGCUGGUGCAGAGGAUGCAGGACCUUGCGAUGCUGGAAAAGGCGGGACAGCUGACACUCGAGAGCUUAACACCUGAAGAGAGGCGGAAGUUCUUGGGAGAAGUGGCAGAUGGACGACUGGGCAAGCUCGUGGAGCUCUGGACACCGUGGUGGUUUAUGAGUGAACGCAAGUACCGGAGUGAGACGUCGGCAAAACGUCGUCAGUUGAUCCUGGAGGAGAUUACUGUGGCUGUGGAGUCUUCGGUUUUGUAUCCCAUCGGGGUCUUUACAAACAAUGAUGCGCAGAAGAUGCCUAAGAGUAUGAGCGCUCUGCUACCUGGUGGGAGACAGCCGUCGCCGUGUCUGCGCUACCAUUUAGUUGAAAUUCUGUUCGCGUAUGCCCUGGUGCUUCGAGCUUUCAACGGAGACUACGCGCAAGAUUCUACAGAGGCAGCAUUUAUGUUACUAGACCUCUGUCGAGUCCUUAGCGACGACGCGCGCUACGAUUCCCUAGAACACGUGUGCUUGUCUUGUCUUGAGAAGCAUUCCAACGUAAGUGAGGGCUCAGCUGCGAGUGCGCUAGCUAUCCAAGAUGUGCAGCAGAUUCUUCGCAUCGACGUGUUUCUACUUGAUGCUCUCAGCGACACACGUGCAUUAUUCGAGCGGUAUCAACGCGAUCUGGAGCGUAGCAGAGAGUCCGACAAACGAGCCAAAAGGAAGAGGAAGACAGCUCUGAAGACACUCGCAGCCAUACAGAAGAAACUAACCUUCUACCAGACUUGGACUUACCUCACGCCGAUCGAGGAAUUCCAGGCACUGGCAGCCGAAAUCGAAGCGUACACAAAAGACAAGGAACUCGUCGGUACUUAA